AUGACAAACAAAUCUACUUCUAAUUCAAGAUUUACUGAUCUUGGCGAAGAACCCCACAAGCUCUUAUUACCCAUUGAAGGCUAUCAACAUAUGGAACUGAUGUCACUCGAAGAUGCGGUUCGAUCGCUUCAUCCUAUAAUUGACAAUUUAGCAAGAAAUGUUUGGAUUGCAAAAGAUAAUUGUAAAUUACCACCUGAUUCUCUAACAGUUGACCAAUCAGCAUCUAUCCAUUUGUACACCAUGGAGUGGAAACCAAGCAGUAAUAGUCUCUAUUCCAUUCUCAAUCGAACAUUAAGGAACGAAGAUCGUGACAGUCUCAUUCCAUGGUUUCCAUACCUGAAACUAUUUCUGACAGCUCUUCACAACAUACCGUCUGUCGAAGAAGUGGUAUGGCGAGGAAUAAAAGCUGAUUUGAGCAUGAAGUUCAAUAAAGGCGACACAUUUGUGUGGUGGGGUGUUAGUUCAUGCACAGACUCGAUAGAUGUACUCAGCAAAGAGCAAUUUCUUGGCAAAACAGGGACACGAACACUCUUCAGUGUACAAUGCCACAAUGGAAAGAAGAUUCAGUCACAUUCACAUUAUAAACAAGAAAAUGAAAUUCUUCUGCUGCCGGGAACAUACUUGAAAGUGAAAGGUAAAGUAGAUGCUGGCUCGAACUUACACAUUAUUCACGUUGAAGAAACAACUUCCCCAUAUGUGCUUUGUGAAUCCCCAACCGGCAAUCUAUUAUGCAAGAACGAACGCCUACAAGGCCAGCUCGAAGCACUUGAUUCCGUUUCGGAAAUAACGCUGCAGAAUACCGGAAUUGACGAAAAAGACGCGCAAGUAUUGGCAGAGGCAUUGAAAGUGAAUACAACUCUCACCGCUCUCGAUCUAGGAGGGAACCGAAUAUCUGAUGGCGGAGCUGAAGCACUGGCAGAGGCAUUGAAAGCGAAUAAAACUCUCACCACUCUUUAUCUUCAGAGUAACAAAAUAUCAGAUGGAGGAGGUGAAACACUGGCAGAGGCAUUGAAAGUGAAUAAAACUCUCACCACUCUUAAUCUUUCUGUAAAUCUAAUAUCUGUUGGAGGAGGUGAGGCAGUGGCAGAGGCAUUGAAAGUGAAUAAAACUCUCACCGCUCUCGAUCUAGGAGGGAACCAAAUAUCUGAUGGAGGAGGUGAAGCACUGGCAGAGGGAUUGAAAGUGAAUACAACUCUCACCACUCUUAAUCUUGCAGGGAACCAAAUAUCUGUUCGAGGAGGUGAAGCACUGGCAGAGGCAUUGAAAGUGAAUAAAACUCUCACCACUCUUUAUCUAGCGGGGCACCU